UGCUGACCCCCAGCGGGCAAAGAAAGAACUACAACUCCUCCCAUAAUGCACUCCGCUCCCUUUUAUUCCCAUCGUUCCCUGCACCGAGCACCCUGCACGGAUCAAGAUGGCGGACAAAGCAGUUCCCGUGGCUGAGAAGCGGCUGAUGGAUGUGAAGCUGAACCAGCUGGGAUCUUGGCUCGGAAGUCGAGACUUCACCCCCAACGGCAUCAUCUCAGCCGUCCGCAGGGGCCAUGACAGAUACUACAACAAAUACAUCAACGUGAAGAAGGGAGGCAUCGGUGGUGUAGCUAUGCUGCUGGCUGGUUACGUGGUCCUCAGCUACGUCUGGGAAUACGAUCACAUCAAGCAUGACCGCUGGAGGAAGUACCAUUAAGCCACUCCCCCUCAAGUAACCAUCAGACCCUCAGAGGUUGAACUUUGACCUUUUUGCCCCCACCUCGAGCAGCAGCGAGGGAAAUCUUUGUGCUUUCAGCUAUCUGUCCUGUCAAAUAACUGUUGUGACCAAUAAAAAUAAAGAUUUAUUAUUGGA